ACGAGCAACAGAAAAAGCCUGAUAGGAAGUGGGCAGUCUUCGGUGCUUCCGCGACCUCACUCCCCCCUCUCAUCGCAUACAGGUAAGGCGUGUGCAUGUGUGAAUCAUUUUUGUACUGUACAGUACAGCAUUUGUUUUGAUGGGUGAGUGAAGUGCCCGAAUGAGUAAAAGACAGAAUGAAUGUUGUUGUGCUUGCAAAGAGACCAGAGAGGCUUUGGUUGGCUAGAGUGUUCUACCCCUGAAUGAAGGCCAUUGUCUGUGGGUAAAUGAAGAAGCAGUCUGGAAAAGCCACUUGUCAGAAGUGCAAUCUGUUUCGGAUUUAAUAGCCACCCACAAGAUCCUCCUCUGUCUCUCUCUCUGUAGACCUUUACCACAACACACAACUGUCUGAAACGUUAGCAACCUCUCUUCUACAACAAAAGUGACAAACUAGCUGGUUCUGCAAGAAAUCAUUGCCAAUUAUUUUUAUUAUAAUGGCAAAUGCUUUCAUUGAAACCGAUUGAAAGGAGGGUGGGAUCUGAAAAUAAUGUAAGACUAUGCGAAAUACAGCACAUCUGUCUGAUGUUAAAACCAUUUUAGUAAAACUUUGGUUCUAGCCUGGUGUCCAGACGCGAGUGAGUCUAGGCUACUUUGGUCCGGUCUGUAAACUGAAGGCAGUCUAACUGCACUAUUUCAGAAUCAUACUUAAAAAUGUUCUGAUAGUGUAGUGAAAAUAAUAAAUCAGCACAUUAUAGUUGAAGUACCCCCUCUUGGGUUGCACAUAAGACAAAAGGCAAAAGCAGGCAGAGUAAAGGAUAGGCUUUUCGUGGUACAGCCUAAGACAAGUCUAUGAUGCCAUGGUUAAAAAGGGUGAGCGCUCUGUGCUAUCGGAGCGCUGGCAUUGGAACCAGCAGUGAUUGUAAUGGAUCAUGAAGUGGCGGGCCUCAGGAAGGAAAUGCACAGGAGCACAGGGAGGAGAGGGGAGGGUGGACUUAAUCUAUUCCGGCCUGGGUUUUUUAUUUCCUGACAGGCCAAACACUGAUAACGGCCCUCUGUUUGCGUAGUCAGACUUUCUUGCCUUGCUAGAGAGCUCAGUCCUUAAGAUGAACUGUGAGAAAUAGUGGCGUAAUGACAGUGCUGAACUAUGGGAGGACUUCACUGGCUGGCACAGACGUAUUGCAGGUACAUGUACAGUACCAGUCAAAAGUUUGGACACACCUACUCAUUCAAGGGUUUUUCUUUAUUUUUACUAUAUUCUACAUUGUAGAAUAAUAGUGAAGACAUCAAAACUAUGAAAUAACACAUGGAAUCAUGUAGUAAACAUUUUUUUUUUUUUUACAAAUCAAAAUAUAUUUUAUAUUUGAGAUUCUUCAAAUAGCCACCCUUUGCCUUGAUGACAGCUUUGCACACUCUUGGCAUUCUCUCAACCAGCUUCACCUGGAAUGUUUUUCCAACAAUCUUGAAGGAGUUCCCACAUAUGCUGAGCACUUGUUGGCUGCUUUUCCUUCACUCUGCCGUCCGACUCAUCCCAAACCAUCUCAAUUAGGUUGAGGUCGGGGGAUUGUGGAGGCCAGGUCAUCUGAUCACUCUCCUUCUUGGUCAAAUAACCCUUUCACAGCCUGGAGGUGUGUUGGGUCAUUGUCCUGUUGAAAAACAAAUGAUAGUCCCACUAAGCCCAAACCAGAUGGGAUGGCGUAUUGCUUCAGUAUGCUGUGGUAGCCAUGCUGGUUAAGUGUGCCUUGAAUUCUAAAUAAAUCACAGACAGUGUCACCAGCAAAGCAUCCCCACACCAUAACACCACCUCCAUGCUUUACGGUGGGAACUACACAUGCAGAGAUCAUCCGUUCACCCACACCACGUCUCACAAAGACACGGCGGUUGGAACAAAAAAUGUCCAUUGCUCAUGUUUCUUGGCCCAAGCAGGUCUCUUCUUCUUAUUGGUGUCCUUUAGUAGGGAUUUCUUUGCAGCAAUUCGACCAUGAAGGCCUGAUUCACACAGUCCCCUCUGAAAAGUUGAUGUUGAGAUGUGUCUGUGACUUGAACUCUGUGAAGCAUUUAUUUGGGCUGCAAUUUCUGAGGUUGGUAACUCUAAUGAACCUCUGCAGCAGAGGUAACUCUUGGUCUUCCAUUCCUGUGGCGAUCCUCAUGAGAGGCAGUUUCAUCAUAGUGCUUGAUGGUUUUUGCGAUUGCAAUUGAAGAAACUUUCAAAGUUCUUGACAUUUUCCGUAUUGACUGACCUUCAUGUCUUAAAGUAAUGAUGGACUGUCAUUUCUCUUUGCUUAUUUGAGCUGUUCUUGCCAUAAUAUGGACUUGGUCUUUUACCAAAUAGGGCUAUCUUCUGUAAACCCCCCCCCUACCUUGUCACAACACAACUGAUUGGCUCAAACGCAUUAAGAAGGAAAGAAAUUCCACAAAUUAACUUUUAAGAAGGCACAGCUGUUCAUUGAAAUGCUUUCCAUGUGACCACCUCAUGAACCUGGUUGAGAGAAUGUCAAGAGUGUGCAAAGCUGUCAUCAAGGCAAAGGGUGGCUACUUUUUUGGUUACUACAUGAUUCCAUAUGUGUUAUUUCAUAGUUUUGAUGUCUUCGCUAUUCUACAAUGUAGAAAAUAGUAAAAACAAACAAAAACCCUUGAAUGAGUAGGUGUGUCUAAACUUUUGACUGGUUGUGUACAUUUGGUAAGAGCAUUGUUUCCAGUUCUCAUGUUAGGACUACAGUAGGUGUUUGUGGUGUUAGUUGCAGUGGUUGUCACAGUUGUUUUGGCAUUAGGGUGAAAGCAAAGCUUGAGUGUAUGCCUAUAGUACCCAUUUAACUUUUACAUAUUGUUCACUGCUCUUUUCUUCAGUAAAAUAGCUAAGGUUAUUAUUUUCCUAUUAAGAAUUCUGGAUCAUUAGUGAAUGCUUUUCACAUGAAUUCAAAACAGUAUUUGGUUUAGAUUAAGUCUGCUCAGCAUACUCUAUUACGACUGCUACUGUUUUAACAAAGCAAUCCCAGCAUAUUUUCUCUAAACACAUCAAAUUCAUCUGUAUUAUCCUGUGUCUACAUUGCUAUUAGAAUUUGAUUAAACAUGAUUCAUCUCAAAGAAUGGACUUGACCUCCAUCUGGAUUGGGUUAAGUGUUCCUUUUCCCCAGGUGUAUUCUAUCCCAUUCUGGUGAGUAGUUAUCAACACUCAUCUGCUGUGAUUAAAUUACACAACAAUUAAACAGGUGACAUUCAUCACCAUCUAACUAGCCUCUCUCUGUUCCCCAGUACCACCAUUGUUACCCCAGUACCGCAAAGCCCUUUCGCUAUCAUCAGACUCGUCACAGGGGGUGAUAUCUUUGCCCCUAGUUAAUUAACUGUUUACUCCCCCCUUCGGCUACAGAGUUAAUUAUGUCUAAUUAAAGUUGGACCGAGGGUUGGUUCUUAACCUUAUCGGUGAGUGAACACAAGGCCUAAUUGCUGUCGUUGGGGUAAACCCUGCAGUUUGAUGUAUUGAAUAGCCUGAGGCAGUAGCCACAACUGUACGGCUGUGGGUAAUAAGUGCAUGCUGUCCAUAUGGAUGGUGGGUUGGAGGGAUAGAGGGAUCAUUUGGAGAGCCGCCCUGGUAGAGGAUGCUUCAGGCUCCACUAUGGGACAUUAAGGUCUGCAAUGAAACCCCAAGACCCCGAAUAUAACUAACACCUUAUGGAUGGUAGGAAAUGUGUAUUUUAUAGCCAGAUGUCUUCACCCAGACUGUCUUUGUUUGUAUAGCGUCAUUAUGUUUACAUAGCUAUUUAGAACAUGGUAUUAGCCUAUAGGCUACUCUUACAGUAGCUUAUAUUGUCCCUGUACACAUGUAGCCCACAGGUCUGUAUUCCACAUUCAAUCCAUACAUUUUUUUAUAAUUUGUUUUAAUCAGCAUGCUAGUGCCAGGCAGGUAGUGUACCUUUCAUGUAUUUCUAGAGUACAGUACCUGUCAUGCAUUUGUGGUGCCUUACAACUAGCACAUUUGUAAAGCAAAUCACUGUCUAUCAGAAGUCCAACAUUCUUCCCCUAGCUCCUUGAGCUGAAAGUACUGUACGCUGCUGCCUUAUAGCUUUCAGAUGUUUGAUAUUCAGCUAGUUUGUGUGUUCUGCCUUUACAACGCUUGAGAACCAGCUGCUAUUUAAAUAAAUUGUCUUUGUCUGUUGAGAUAUUCCUCUGUCUACAAAGACCUUUUUGAAAGACUGGUGAUUUCACACCUCUUUUUGUUUUGACUGAUACCUGAGGGGUAAAAUUUGAAUUAUUCAUUGGUUGGGACAAGUGCACGUGAACUUUUUAUAGUAAUUUUUUAUUUAUUUAUUUAUAAUAAUGUAUAAUUUAUUUAUUAAUAAUUGUAAUUUUUUUUCUGUGUGGCAUUUCUCGUUUGUGUCUCCUGAUUAAUCAAAGCCAAUAUGGAAGAAGAUUAUUAAUAUGAUGUAAUUACUGCUUCAAGCAGAUCAGUCCCAUUUGAGAGACUUUCAGUUUUACUAGAUUAUGCUCCAUCAGCUAAAAGAGACAAGGAAACACAAUAAAAUCUAAAAUGCAGUAUAAAGUACAAUAGCUUAGAGUAAAUUGAAGAAGAAAUGUAAUUUAUCUAUGCUGCUUUAAUACACUUUCUUUGGUUUUUCGUAUCAAUGAAUUGUGACACAGUGGUUAGAUAAACUCCUAAUUUGGUGUAGGUUUGAUUCUACGCUGUAGGCUUAUUAUUAUUAACUUCAUGAAUUUCAAAUGCUUUUAUCUCAGGUUUAUGAAAUGUUUUAUUUUUUUACUUCUAAUCUUCCCUUGUUUCUCUGCUCUUUCUCUGAACAACAGGAACGAGUCCUCAAGACAGCCCCAGAAACUUCUCUCCUAGUGCCUCAGCCCACUUCUCCUUUGCACGAAGGUAAUAAGGAAAUACAUAUUCUUUCACAUGGGAGUAUUGCCAGUAAAAGUAAAUGCAAUUUAGCUUUUUAUCAGUACCUCCGCUCAACUAGCAUGCCAGCAGCAAUAAAAUACUUAUGGGCAGGCUUUAUUGUUUUGUUUAAGAAUUUCCAGAAAGUAAUUCAUACUUGAACUCACAGUUGUAAUUUUGCUUUAUCUUGGUAAUUAUCUGACAGAUUGCAUAAGAAAUGUGGGAUACAAAGGAAAUACGAAUCUUGAUAGAAACGUUUUCGUUUUUUGUUUUUUUAACAAAAUCAAAUUGUCUGAAGCAGACAUUUUGAGAAGCGAAGGCAGGAUCUCACUGUGUUCUGACAGGCUCUCUAUACAGAGAUAGAAAUCACAUGCAGGUUCAAGGGUUCAGUCUUUCCCAAAUAGCCUGAAAAAUGUUCUGUUCUACCCUCACUCAACACAAUUUAAUUUAAUAAUGUUUCUUUAUUGUUAUGAUUCACAGUCUUUGCCACAGACCAGGCAUGUAACGUCAUAUUAGUCCUCCGUUUGCCCUUCCCAACAAUAGAGAGAAAGAAAAUAGAGAAAUAAUAGAAAAGUAAUAACACCUAAUAAUAAAAGUAAUAAUAAAUACACAAUGAGUAACGAUAACUUGGCUAUAUACAUGGGGUACCAGUACCGAGUCGAUGUGUGCGGAUACGAGGUAAUUUAGGUAUAGAUGUACAUAUAACUAGGAAUAGUGACUAGGCAACAGGAUAGAUAAUAAACAGUAGCAGCAGCAUAUGUGAUGAGUCAAACAAAGUUAGUGCAAAAAGGGUCAAUGCAGAUAGUCUGGGUAGCUAUUUGGUUAACUAUUUAACAAACUAUUUAGCAGCUCAUGGCUUGGGGUUGAAGCUGUUCAGGGUCCUGUUGGUUCCAGACAUGUGAAUGGUGGCGUGCUCGGCCCUCCGUUUCCUGUAGUCCACAAUCAGCUGGGACUAAGCAUGCACCCCUGAGGGGCCCCCGUGUUGAGGGUCAGCAUGGUGAAUGUGUUGUUGCCUACCCUCACCACCUGGGGUCAGCCCGUCAGGAAGUCCAGGAUCCAGUUUCAGAGGGAGGUGUUCAGUCCCAGGGUCCUUAGCUCAGUGAUGAGCUUGGAGGGCACUAGGGUGUUGAACACUGAGCUGUAGUCAAUAAACAGCAUUCUCACGUGUUUGUCUUGUCCAGGUGGGAGAGGGCAGUGUGGAGUGCAAUAGAGAUUGCAUCUUCUGUGGAUCUGUUGGGGCGGUAUACGAAUUGGAGUGGGUCCAGGGUGUCUGGGAUGAUGGUGUUGAUGUGAGCCAUGACCAGCCUUUUAAAAGCAUUUCAUGGCUACAGAUUUGAGUGCUUCGGGGGGCGAUAGUCAUUUAGACAGAUUACCUUGCUCUUGGGCACAGGGACUAUGAUGGUCUGCUUAAAACAUGUAGGUAUUACAGACUGGGUCAGGGAGAGGUUGAAAAUGUCAGUGAAGACACUUACCAGCUGGUCAGCGCAUGCGGCCUUGUGAAUGUUAACCUGUUUAAAGGUCUUACUCACAUCGGCUACGGAGAGCGUGAUCACACAGUUGUCCAGAACAGCUGGUGCUCUAAUGCUUAGUUCAGUGUUGCUUGCCUCGAAGCGAGCAUAGAAGGCAUUGAGCUCGUCUGGUAGGCUCAUGUCACUGGGCAGCUCGCGGCUGGGUUUCCUUUUGUAAUCCGUGAUAGUUUGCAAGCCCUGCCACAUCCGAGCAGCGUCAGAGCCAGCGUAGUAAGAUUAGAUCGUAGUCCUGUAUUGACGCUUUGCCCGUUUGAUGGCUGGGCUGAGGACGUAGCGGGAUUUCUUAUAAGCGUCCGAAUUAGUGUCCCGCUCUUUGAAAGCGGCAGCUCUAGCCUGUAGCUCAGUGCGGAUGUUGCCUGUAAACCAUGGCUUUUGGUUGGGAUAUGUACAUACGGUCACUGUGGGGGCAACGUCGUUGAUACACUUUUAAUGAAGCCGGCGACUGAUGGAUGAGCAUUUUCUUAUUUGCUUAUGGCCCUGUACAGCUCGUUAAGUUCAGUCUUAGUGUCAGCAUUGGUUUGUGGUGUAAAUGGAUACCUACAAAAAAUAUAGACAACCUCUCUUGGUAAAUAGUAUGGUCUACAGCUUAUCAUGAGGUAUUCUAACUCAGGCGAGCAGAACCUUGAGACUUCCUUAAUAUUAGCGAUCGCGCACCAGCUGUUGUUAACAAAGAGACACACACCUACCCCUUUGAGCUUACCCAAAGCUGCCGUUCUGUCCUGCUGAUGCAUAGAAAAAACAGCUAGAUGUAAAUUAUCCAUGUCCUUGUUCAGGCACGACUCGGAGAAACGUAGGAUAUUACAGUUCUUCAGAUCCCGUUGAUAGGAUAGUCUCGAACGGAGCCCGUCCAGUUUGUUCUCCAGUGAUUGUACACUCGCCAAUAGAACAGAGGGUGGAGGCGGUUUAUCUACUCGCCGACGUAGUUUCGUCAGGGUGCCCUCACAUCGGCCUCGCUUGCGCUUUCUCUUCCGAGUCUCGGGAUUAGGCCUGGUUCGGGGUGAGUAGUAGGUCCUGCGCCGCCGACUCGUUGAAGUAUAAAUCUUCAUCUAUAUCGAGGUUAGUGAUCGCUGUUCUGAUGUCCAGAAGCUCUUUUCGGUCAUAGGAAAUGAUGGGGGAAACAUUAUGUACCAAAAAAGUUAAGAUCAGGGCAAAAAACACACACAAAAUAGAAAAUUGGUCAGGAGCCCGUAAAACGAACCAUUCCAGCACCAUUUUUACUGCAUACCUCUUCUUACGUCUACUUCAUGUUAUCAUGUCUAUGAAAACACAACGUCAUUGUAACACGUGUCUGUUCGUGCAAUGUGUAUGAAUACACAAAGUCAUUGUUACAGUGCAUUUGGAAAGUAUUCAGACCCCUUCCAUUUUUACACAUUUUGUUACGUUACAGGCUUAUUCUAAAAUUGAAUAAAUUGUUUUUUCUCAUCAAUCUACACACAAUACUCCAUAAUGACAAAGCGAGAACAGGUUUUUAGAAAUGUUUGCAAAUGCAUUAUGAGACUCGAAAUUGAGCUCAGGUGCAUUUUGUUUCCAUUGAUCAUCCUUGAGAUGUUUCUACAACUUGAUUGGAGUCCACCUGUGGUAAAUUCAAUUGAUUGGACAUGAUUUGGAAAGGCACACACCGGUCUAUAUAAGGUCCCACAGUUGACAUUGCAUGUCAGAGCAAAAACCAAGCCACGAGGUCGAAGGAAUUGUCCAUAGAGCUCCGAGACAGGAUUGUGUCGAGGCACAGAUCUGGGGAAGGGUACCAAAACAUUUCUGCAGCAUUGAAGGUCCCCAAGAACACAGUGGCCUCCAUCAUUCUUAAAUGGAAGAAGUUUGGAACCACCAAGACUCUUCCUAGAGCUGGCCGCCUGGCCAAACUGAGCAAUCAGGGGAGAAGGGCCUUGGUCAGGGAGGUGACUAAGAACACGAGUUCCUCUGUGGAGAUGGGGGAUACUUCCAGAAGGACAACCAUCUCUGCAGAACUCCACCAAUCAGGCCUUUAUGGUAGAGUGGCCAGACGGAAGCCACUUCUCAGUAAAAGGCACAUGACAGCCCGCUUGGAGUUUGCCAAAAUACACCUAAAGGACUCUGACCAUGAGAAACAAGAUUCUCUGGUCUGAUGAAAUCAAGAUUGAACUCUUUGGCCUGAAUGCCAAGUGUCACGUCUGGAGGAAACCUGGCACCAUCCCUACGGUGAAGCAUGGUGGUGGCAGCAUCAUGCUGUGGGGAUGUUUUUCAGUGGCAGGGACUGGGAUACUAGUCAGGAUCGAGGGAAAGAUGGACGGAGCAAAGUACAGAGAGAUCCUUGAUGAAAACCUGCUCCAGAGCGCUCAGGACCUCAGACUGGGGUAAAGGUUCACUUUCCAACAGGACAAUGACCCUAAGCACACAGCCAUGACAACGCAGGAGUGGCUUCGGGACAAGUCUCUGAAUGUCAUUGAGUGGCCCAGCCAGAGCCCGGACUAACAUCUCUGGAGAAACCUGAAGAUAGCUGUGCAGCAACGCUUCCCAUCCAACCUGACAGAGCUUGAGAGGGUCUGCAGAGAAGAAUGGGAGGAAACUCCCCAAAUAUAGGUGUCCCAAGCAUCAUACCCAAGAAGACUCGAGGUUGUAAUCGCUGCCAAAGGUGCUUCAACAAAGUACUGAUUAAAGGGUAUGAAUACUUAUGUAAAUGUGAUAUUUCCAUUUUCUAUUUUUUAUAAAUUUGCAAAAAUGUCUAAAAACCAGUUUUUGCUUUGUCAUUAUGGGGUAUUGUGUAUAGAUUGAUGAGGGGGAAAAAAACACAAUUUAAUCCUUUUUAGAAUAAGGCUGUAGGAAAAUAGGAAAAUGUGGAAAAAGUCAAGGGGUCUGAAUACUUUCCGAAUGCGCUGUACCUAGCCAGUAUACCUGAAUCAUGAAAAAUCCCUUUUGACUUGUUUCUGUCUGUCCGUCCCUACAUCUAAUCUCAUGUAUUAUUCCUUUGAGAAUUUGUAUUUGAUGUUCAGUGUUAUUGGUUAGUGCAACAGAAUACAGUUCAUUACUAGUUGUUGGUGGCAGGUAGCAGAGGUCAAGGACACUGCUGCAGUAGGCUAUUGAAAAGCUGAAUAUUUUCUACCUAGUCUGUCAGAAAGUGAAGGUCGCAUAUAACAUACCACUGAUCAAUACUGCACAUAGAGAAAAAAGGUAAUCCAGAACCGUUGAUUUUUAGGCCUUUGCAGAUUUUACUUUGUACAUUUUAAUAAUAAGCUCAAUCAAAUAAGGGCAGUUAUCUGUUAUGUACAAUCCUGGAUCUUUGAGUACUCUUGUUUUGAAUAUCAUUCAUAGGUAUUGUAAUAUAUUGUUAAUAACUACAGUUCUCAUUACUGAUUAGUAAUGGAUGGGUUUAGGGAUGGGUUCUGAGUUAAUGGUGACGUCUGUCUCUUCUAUCUCUGUGUGUUUGAGCAGGACUGAUGGACGACGCUGGUCUUUGGCAUCUCUGCCCUCCUCUGGCUAUGGCACCAAUACACCAAGCUCCACUGUCUCUGUACGUACCAUACCUUACCACUCACUUUGCUACAAACACUUAAGAAUGAACUCAGUUAUUACAUGAAAACAAAAUAUAUUGUGUUUGCUAGAUUUUUAAAAAAGCAAUGCCAAAAAGGUUGUUAAACCUAAACCCCUUCACAUACACUAUACCGAUGGAAAACCGUUUCAAUCCCACCCCCAAAAAAUACAGAUACCAAAUCACUGGAAAGGUAAGAAUUAAUUUGAAUAAAGAUGUUUCAAUGUGAAAUGAUAAUUUGAUAGACUGCCUCUAGUCUGUUCUCCUGUGACCGGUGCUGUACUGUAGGCUAUUGGAAGUCAGAUAGAUGAGGGGUGCCAUAGUGAACAGGCUGACUCAUACCACCAGCAAUGUGUUUAGGGCCAGCAGAUUUGUUUUGGAGGAAACAUGGCCCUGACACAAAGCCAACAGCCAGGCCACCCACAUACACGCACUCUUGCACACACAACCAGAAACAGAAACACACACGCACAUACACACACACCUCUGAUCUGUUUACUGACAAAGUCAAAUCACACAGGCAGGAAAUUGUCAACUCUGACACCCAUGCGUCACACUCACACGCAGGACUGACCACACACACACACACACACACACACACACACACACACAGGCCCCAUGACAAAGUACACAAGCCAAGUAAGCACGCCUCCACACACAAAGUAAUGGGCUGUUUGUUUACGGCCAUGUUUUAUGAGGACGAUCAAUUAGAGUUGAUAAAUACUUGUGGCUUGUGAGGAAUACUUUUGGAGGAUUUACGAUAGAGAAGGAUUGACUGGCAACCAUGUUUGUCCAGGCUGUGUUUACACAUCUGUUUGCUAAGGGUCUUUGCAGCUUACUUGAAGUUGAUUCCGUUUUUGGAUUUUAUUUCAGAACAAUGUGGUGAGAAGAAAAGGAAAAGUUCACAAUAAUUUGUUAGCUUUCAUGUACCGUCACAACCAUUUUGGCACCCAUAAGUUUCAGUCCUUUGUUUUCAAGACACUGUAAAAGGGAAUAGCUACUGUAAUGAACAUUUCCCCAAUCAAAUUAAAAACAACAGUCAGAAAAAACACACACUCUCCUGGUAACUGUCAUUCUCUCGUGCAACAACAUCAAUCAAAGCCUCUCGUUCUUCUUUUUAUUUUUUUAUUUUCUCGUUCAAUGUAUAUUCAUUUCAUUUCCAGUCGUCCUGUUCAUCACAGGAGAAGCUUCACCAACUGCCCUUCCAGCCCACGCCGGACGAGCUGCACUUCCUCUCCAAGCACUUCUGCACCGAGAGCAUCGCCGGGGAUGACCGACGGAGGGGGACCGCGCCCAUGCGACCCCGCUCGCGCAGUCUCAGGUAAGUACGAAGGCCCGGCAAGGUCACACAUCUUUAUAGAUGCUGGGGAUAACGGUCGCUGAAAAGUAUGCUCCUUUUAUAUACUUUUAUGUGAAUAGUUUUCAAAUGAGAUUUGAUUCAUAAUAUAUAAAUGUAUUUGUGCUGUAAGAUAUGUGUUGUAAUAUAAUUACUGAUCAUACCUUUGUAUUUCUAUGUGUUUGCAGCCCUGGAAGAUCCCCUUCCUGUUGUGAUCAUGAGAUUAUUAUGAUGAACCAUGUCUACAAGGAACGCUUUCCUAAGGUGAGGAGCCAACUGAAUUAGAUCAAAAUGUCUUAUUGCUUUAAAGCUAGAAUCCUUAGUUGAAACAAUAAAAAAUUGAACUCCCCGCCCCAGUUUCGCUAAAAAGCUAAGGGAUGGGGCUGAAGAAAUCUAACCACUCUCAAAUUCAUAGACAGAGCUAUGGCUGCAAGGACUGAGUAUCCAUAAUAUCAAAUGUAUAGUUUUAACCAUGUUUUUUAGGCUAUACAGUGUUUGUUUACGUUUACCUUGUUUACAAACAUUGGAGAGAAACAAGCUUAUAUUUGAGGUUCUAAUGGGGUACGACAGUUGAACUAAGCUCAUGAGGUAUAAAUUAAAUUAUUCAAGAAUUAAUGGGUAUAUGUCAUUAAUUUAUAAGUCCAAAAAUGGAUGUAGCAUCUAAGGAUUCUAGCUUUAACAAUGGUAAUUUGCUAAUGUCUUAAUUUGAUCACGCUGUUGUCGCUGAGAAUUUUCCUGCGCCCCAGGAUUUAGAUAGAUAAAUACACUAAAAACCCGCUCCAACACAUGGUUAUAUUAACAGUAUUGCACUUUUCAUGUAAUUUUAGCCAGCUAAUAGCCUAACCACCGAUCAAGCAACAUUACAUCGGCGGAACAGUGUAAAUGAACUAAAUGUUCAAAUCCCAAUUGGUCCAGGAUUAUUUUUGCUGCGAUAAAACUGGUCAAAUUAAGAGAGUACAUCUGUACAUAAGAUUUAUUGUUCACACAGUGACACACCUGUCAGUAGGAGUUGGUCUUUUUCACCCACUUCUUGCAUUCUUACCUUCUCCUGACCACUUUUGACACUAGUUUUCUUUCUACCUUUGAACCUUUUUACCCUCUCUCUACACAUUCUCUACUUCUAACCCUUUCCACCCCUCUGUGUCUCUCCAGGCCACAGCCCAGAUGGAGGAGAGGAUCCAGGAGAUCAUCCGGACCUGCUCCCCGGAGAGCGUGUUGCCGCUGGCGGACGGUGUGCUGGGGUUCGCCCACCACCAGAUCAUCGAGCUGGUCCGCGACUGCCUGGAGAAGAGCCGCCUGGGCCAUAUCACCUCACGCUACUUCUGUGAGCUCACCGACAAGCUGGAGAGGCUCUUCCAGGAGGUGGGUGACACUUUGGGUGCAUCUCAAUAGUGUAAUAAUAAUACAUGUAAUGCAAAGUGGUUUCCUUUCCUUGUGUCCUCUACUCUAGAAUACAAAAUCCGGAAUAAUGAAGGAAAGGAGAUGAGGAAAGGAAGCAAUAAAGGGUCGUGUAGAGUAUAGUGCCACCUGCUAGCAUUGGGGGAUAUCACUGGUUAACUUUAGCAUCUUCCGGACCCACUUUAAAAGGCAUCAACCUUUUACAUAAGUCCUCUGUAGCUCAAUUGGUAGAGCAUGGCGCUUGUAACGCCAGGGUAGUGGGUUCGAUCCCCGGGACCACCCAUACCUAAAAAUGUAUGCACACAUGACUGUAAGUCGCUUUGGAUAAAAGCGUCUGCUAAAUGGCAUAUUAUUAUUAAUAAGUACAGUGUAAUUACAAUGUUGGUACACAUUACUGCAUAGGACUUUGAUAAAAUCAAACAAUUUCUUUCACCAAAAUAAUUUGUUUUACAGUGCUCCCUUACCUCUCUGGUAUUGAAAGUCAUUUUCGAAGCACUAUUACUAAUCUAACUAAUACUAACCUGUUUAUAGAUGUUCUGUAUUUCUCAACGUCCUCUCUCCUCAUACCUUAAUGGUGCUUACAGUCCCGAGCACUGAGCAGCUCACAGGUCCGUGUGAAAUGUUGAGCGAGUGUGUUCUGUUCUCUUUAUCUAUAGUCCACAUCCCGGUCGGAGAGCCAGGAGGUGAACUUCAUCAAAGAGCUGGUAAAGAAGAUCCUCAUUGUCAUCGCCAGGCCGGCGCGCCUCCUGGAAUGCCUGGUAUGUCUCGCCUAAUUGUCGCUAGCUAGAUACCAAGCACAUGGCCAUGACUUCACUCACUGGCGCAUAUUACAUAAAUGAUAUGCCUACUAGGGACAGGGUUUCUUCCUGACCAUGUGGUGUGACUAGGCAAAACUCUGAGCCCUAAUACUAAGUAUGAGUUCUUUCUGGUGGUGACAAGCUAUAUAGAUGCAAUCCCAUCCUCAUCUUGCUCCUGCUAGUCCUCAUUGUCACAAUAACAUCACCAUCAACCCAGAGAAAAGCCAACAGCACCAGUUCCAGAAGUGAUGUAGUUAAACCUGUGUCCUUGUGUUGUCCUCUACUCAGGAGUUUGAUCCAGAGGAGUUCUACCAUCUGUUGGAGGCUGCCGAGGGUCACGCCAAAGAAGGCCAGGGCAUCAAGACUGACAUCCCCCGCUACAUCAUCAGCCAGCUGGGCCUCACACGGGACCCACUGGAAGGUACGUCAUGUUUGACUUUUGACCUUUUACGGGGUAGGUUGACAGUGCCUAAGCCAGGGCUCUCCAACCCUAUUCCUGGAGAGCUACCGUCCUGUAGGUUUUCACUCCAACUCUAAUCUAGCGCACCUGAUUAAUAAUUAGAUGGUUGAUAAGCUGAAUCAGGUUAAUUACUACUUGGGUUGGAGUGAAAACCUACAGGAGGGUAGCUCUCCAGGAACAGGGUUGGAGAGCCCUGGCCUAAACCAACAUGAGUGGAGGUGCAGCCAAACAUCACACGUUCAGAAUGAAAAGAGUGCUUACUGAUGAAAGCUGCAAGGGCUGUGAACUCAUUCCAGUGGUGGGCUGCAUUGAUGAAGGAAGUAAUCAAGAUGUACAUUCAAGUUCUUCACCCUUCUCCCGAAGUGUGCACUUCCCCUCAUGGAUUGAGGAAUAUGGUGGAAACUCCCUCCAGCCAUGCUUGCACCAAUCCAAUGCUUUUAAAUGUAUGAGGGGGAUUGAACGAGUGCCAACUUCUGGAGAAAGGUAGAGAAUCGUAACGCAGCCAUUUAAUUGUUCAUACAAUCACUUGUCAUGCUUUGUGUUCUCGAAGUUACCGCUACAUUGAUGACCUGAUGAAAAUAUGAUAAGUAUAAUUAUAUGAUAAGAAUAUGAUCGUGACACAGAAUCUACUUAACUCCAACCAGCUUCAUCAGAACACUACAGCCUACAGUUUGAUCCCGUUUUAGUGGAGGAGAGGAAUCCUCUUAAAAACUCCCACUGUAAUGUACUGAGAGAAAAUACUACGAUAAAUUAAAGAUCUUAAUUAUGUUGUGGAUAUUGUGGUCUCAAUGUUUUGGAAGCACUGCUGGAGCAUAAAAUUGUAUCCAUUUUUAGUUUUCAAAGAAUAUUACUUGUAUUACUACUACAGAAGAACUAGUACUAGAAGUACUAGCUACCAUUUCAGUAUCCCCAAUGACUAAAAUAUUGCAUCAGCAUUACAGUAAGUAUUUUUAGCAAGGCUAAUAUUGAACAACAAUGGAGAAGGUCUAAGACAAAGGUAAUGUAGAGUAACAUGUGUCCUGUACCGAACAGACUGCCAUCCUAAUGACUCUCUCAAUUUAAACCCCAACGUUCAUUCUGACUAAUUAGAAACGAAUGGUCUCCCUAUAGAGCUGAAACAGUUCUACGCACAGACUGGCUCACUAACCUCUGUCCUCAUUUGCCAAUGUCUCUCCACUCAUUUCCCCUGGGCCUAUCUUGUGUAUUUUUCUUGCCCAGUAUCCUGGAGUGCUGGAAGCAGCCUUCUAGGCAGGGACAGAUGUUAAGUGGCAUUGGAAAUGGGUUUAGGGUCUCUGUUGGGACGACUGAACGACCCCCUCCUGAUUCGCUACCUCCUGUUGUUCAUACAUCGCUGAUGGGAAGGGGUGCACCCACACGUGCAUGUACAUACGUGGGUACACAUGCAAGACGCACACACAAAACACGAACGCACACACACACACUUGAGUGUUCUGGAGUUGUGGUUUUCUUAAUGGAUGUCCGACAUGUGUUUGUGUUGCUGCCACUUCUGGUUUCCACCUCAUUUCCUCUCAUUUAGGAUUUCUCAGACUCAGCUUAUUAGGUGGACAAAGUCAACAGACUACUCUUAACUGCCAAAAAAGAAAGUGUGUUAAUAAAAAGUAAAGUCAACUCCCUAUAGGCUUUGACUAAAUGUUGGGGUAUAUAUAAGACAUCUGGAUGUAAAGGUCACUGUUUGGUGUCUGAAGGUGAAAAUGCUGAAAUUGCAAAGUCGAAUGAAAUGCUGAAAUGUUCUUUCUCUCUCCUACAGAAAUUGCUCAGAUGACCAGUUAUGACAGUGGGAUAGCUGAAACGCCAGAGACAGAUGACUCUGUGAGUAUUCAGUAUAUUUUAUUCAAGUUUUUAAUCACAGGUUUGAUGUAUUUCAGUAGAAUAAAGUUUCUCUACUCUCGUCCUCCCAGUCCCAGAGUCUGAGCGCGGCCCUACGAGCCCGACGAAAGCCCUGCGAGAUGGACUUUGAGAUGACCAAACUCAUCAGCAACGGAGCCUACGGGUGAGAGAAUCUUCUCUGGUAUAAUUCAGGAUUGUUAUGAUGGAACCCAAAUCUGUUUCAGCUGUCAUUUAGGAUUUGAAUGGGAUAUGUGAUUUGGAUUUAGUCAAAGGACCUUUUUUUACUCAUAUUUUCAAUCUUCAAUUCAUGGCCCUGUCAUGUUCUGUUCCUAAACCACAAAUAAGUAUAUACAUAUAAUGUGUUCCCUCUCCUACAGAACUAUGAAUGUGUGAUUUCAAUCCAUCUUUUCAACGUAUAUGAAUAACCGUGUCAUUCUCUGUCUGACAGAGCAAUGAAUGGUUGAUUUAACUCAGCCUUUGCUACGUGUCUGACAUAUUGUUUCCUCUCUCUCCAUCUCUCUCUGACAGGGCUGUGUAUCUGGUGCGCCACAAGGAGACCAAGCAGCGUUUCGCCAUGAAGAAGAUCAACAAACAGAACCUGAUGCUGAGGAACCAGAUCCAGCAGGCCUUCGUGGAGAGAGACAUCCUGACCUUCGCUGAGAACCCCUUUGUGGUCUCCAUGUACUGCUCCUUCCAGACGCGACGACACCUCUGCAUGGUCAUGGAGUAUGUGGAAGGUAUGUAGCCAUUUCUUCUUCUUUUCUUUUUUUUUUUACGGACCCAAAACUGUGGUAGACAGAAAGCUGACACCAGGGGGGAUAAACUGCUCUAGAAAUACUGGUUAAUGUUAACAUCCAUCCCUAUUAUUUAUCAAAUGCACUUUUGGGGUUGGGAUUAAUCAUUAAUAAUUAAACAUAUGUUGAAUCUAUUUCAUUGUAGUAUAUUUCAAUGUCGGAAAUAACUCAAUAAACCAAUUAUCUGUCUAUGUGUGCCAUUAGGAGGUGACUGUGCCAACCUGCUGAAGAACAUGGGCCCCCUGCCUGUGGACAUGGCCAGGAUGUACUUUGCUGAGACUGUCCUGGCUCUGGAGUACCUUCACAACUAUGGCAUCGUCCACAGGGACCUCAAACCAGACAAGUCAGUCUCUAAUAUCUCUAUAUUAAAGUCAGCUAAUGUCACUGAGAAGGUAGAUAGAUAUAGCCUGGUCUCAGAUCUGUUAGUGCUGACUGAUGAUAUUUACAUUUUUCUUUUCUUUUUAUAAUUUUUUAUAAAUAAUUUAUUUACAACAUACCACACUAACCAAGCAACAACAAACAAAACACCACAUGUAAACACAUUACAACAUUGUUCACUCUCCUCCUAAUUUGACUCAGUCACAUUUCUAUACUAUACUUCACAAUUUCAUCCUAACAAGACAUUCAAAUAUAAAUGUUGCGUAUAUGGGAGGGCUGCAAUGAAAUUUCAAGAACAGUAAAUAAAUAGGUAAUUAAUAUUAUGAAAUGGUAAAGUUAGUCAUAAGAACAUUGCCAGUAAUUUCUCAUUAUGUACAUUAUUUGUAUAAAUGUACAUAUUAUUCAUUUUGUAUAAAUAAUUUUGUAUCAAUACCAAUGAUUAGUAUUAAUGACAUAUUAUAAAUAAAAUUUCCCCCCAUUUUCAUUCACUCCAAGACAACUUCAAACUUGGCCCAUUUGUUUUCAUGUUCCUUUAGCUUUUCUUUUACUUUUGAAAUAAUUGUUUCAAAUUUGAUAGUGUUCAUUGACAGUUUGAGCCAUUCUGCUAAAAAGGUUGACUGCUCCUCUUUCCAGUGCCUUUAAAUUACUAUUUUAGCUAUGCGAGUUAGUGACCUGAGCAUGGAAGAAUUUGGUGGAUUUUGACUGAUGAUCUUAACCUUUUUAAAAUAGUCAGUCACUUGGGUGAUUGAUAUUAUUGUACCAAUUGAGCGAGAUUUUGUAGGUUAGAUUAGAGAGUUGUACAGUCACAUGUACAGGGUUUCAGAUGUAAUUACAGGGUACAGUAUAUUUCUUGAGCUCCGAGCUCCAGCAAUGCAGGACGCUAUCUUCUGCCAUUGGCAUCUAUGUUGUGGUUCUCUCUCGUUCUCUCCCUUCCCCAGUCUGCUGGUGACCUCCAUGGGCCACAUCAAGUUGACAGACUUUGGGCUGUCCAAGGUGGGCCUGAUGAACAUGACCACUAACCUGUAUGAGGGACACAUAGAGAAGGAUGCCCGAGAGUUCUCUGAUAAACAGGUACAGUGAGUGGAGAUUGACAUUCUACCUACAGUAUAAGCCAAUCUUUCUUGCUCAUUUGUUUCUUUUGGUAAUUAAAACAAGAAAGUAGAGAGAACAUGACAACUAUGGUAUCCAGUCUGAACAAGGUUCGAAGUGUUCAGACUGUGGAUACCAACAGCUUUCAGGUUAUUAUUUUUCCUAUGUGACUAUGUCUAGCCUCAACCUUUCGCCAAAACAUACUACUAGUAUGAUGCGUCUAUACCUGUUUUCUUCUGUCUGUGUGUGCAGGUGUGUGGGACCCCAGAGUACAUUGCUCCAGAGGUGAUCCUGAGACAGGGCUAUGGGAAGCCAGUGGACUGGUGGGCUAUGGGCAUCAUCCUCUAUGAGUUCCUGGUCGGCUGCGUACCCUUCUUUGGAGACACACCAGAAGAACUGUUCGGGCAGGUCAUCAGCGGUCAGUCUAACUCACUUCUCUCUUUUUGAUUUGACAUAUGGGGCGAAUCCUAACUUCCAAUUAAGUUGAAUUUGCACUUAACAUUGACAUCAAUGCAUGACUAAGUAGGAGAAAAAUCUGCAGGCCUUAAUGGUAAUAUCUAACUAUUCAGUAUGGAAUUAGAUGGUGCCAAUCUUUCCGAUUCAUUUGGGAUUGAGGCAUGUAAUGCACAGAACAGAUGGUGUGGGGGUGUGGAUUCAGCUUGACAUGAGACAUACAUUUUUUCAAGUCUUUGAUAACUUUAUGAUUUAUGAUAGCUUACAGAGGACCUCGGUGUUCCCUCUAUCCUAUGUUAAUGAAUGUGGUGCCAUGACAGAUUUGGUGUGCUCUCCAUCAUGGCAGGCCAGAGGGACCCAGUGUUAAUUAAAGUGCUCUGAACACUGAGCUGAAUGCCACGCUGCUCAGGCCUGAGGGCCACCAUGCAUAUUCAUGCCUCAAUCCCAAAUUUGAUUAAAAUGGGGGCGACAUGGCACCAAAGAGACAUCCGUGGCAUGGCGCAGUCUAUACUGGUGGGCGUAUGCUGCUAUUUUUCAACUUUUGCGAACAGUCUACACUUGUCAAACAGACAUGAACACACAGACACAUGGAGAUACACACACAAAACAUGAAGACACAGAUAUUUUUUCAUCACAUACAGUGCCUUCAGAAAGAAAGUCACAUUUCCUUUGAUCAUCCUUGAGAUGUCACUACAACUUGAUUGGAGUCCACCUGUGGCCAAUUCAAUUGUUUGGAUGUGAUUUAGAAAGAAACACACCUGUCUAUAUAAGGUCCCACAGUUGACAGUGCAUGUCAGAGCAGAAACUAUACCAUAAAGUCCAAGGAACUGGCCGUAGAUCUCCAAAGUAUAAUUGUGAUGAGUCAUACUGUACCAGUCAAAAGUUUGGACACACCUACUCAUUCCAGGGUUUUUCUUUAUUUUGUACUAUUUUCUACAUUGUAGAAUAAUAGUGAAGACAUCAAAACUAUGAAAUAACUCUAUAAAGAAAAACCCUUGAAUGAGUAGGUAGGUCCAAACGUAUGACUGGUACUGUAUAUCUGGGGAAGAGUAUAAAACCAUUUCUGGAGUGUUGAAAGUUUCCAAGAGCACAGUGGUCUCCAUCAUUGGGAAAUGGAAAAGAUAUGGAACUACCCAGACUCUGCCUAGAGCUGGCAUCCGACCAAACUGAGCAACCGGGCAAGAAGAACCUUGGUCAGGGAAAGACUUGAAGAUUGCUGUUCACCACCGCUCCCCAUCUAACUUAACAGAGCUUGAGAAAAUUUGCAAGGAAGGAAGGAAGAAUGGGAGAAAAUCCCCAAAUCCAGAUGUGAAAAGUCAUACCCAAGACGACUUAAAGCUGUAAUCGCUGCCAAAGGUGCUUCUACAAAAUAUUGACUCAGGGGUGUGAAUACAUUUAGAUAUUUCUGUAUUUCAUUUUCAAUAAACAUUUUUAAAAAAUGUUUAAACAAAUUAAAUCACUUAGUAAUUAUGGGGUGUGUGAUGGUCGAGAAAUAUUAUCUAUUUAAUCAAUUUGGAAUUCAGGCUGCAACAAUUUGAAUAAGUUGAAGGGUAUGAAUACUUUCUAAAGGGACUGUAAUGAUUCUGUUUUUUCAGACCUGGAUAAUACAUAUUAUGUUGUUAAUAACUUCUAGCUAACUCCAUAUGUGUUGUCUAUGGGAUAUUGCUAACGGCUAGUCAAUUGUUUGCUUUGUGUAUGGGAUAUCGUUGCUAACUUCUAGCUAGCUCUGUAUGUGUUGUCUAUGGGAUAUUGCUAAGUACUAACUGAGUGUGUUGUUGGUUCCAAGAUGAGAUCACCUGGCCGGAAGGAGAGGACGCUCCCCCUGCCGACUCCCAGGAACUGAUCACCCUGUUACUCAGACAGAACCCUCUGGAGAGGAUGGGCACAGGUAGGCACAAGUUGUGCACAACACAUGCCACAUACAAAUACCUUUUUCACACUACCAAACCAAGCCAAGCUGUACUGGGCUGGUCUGGUUUCACAUCCACCAUAGUUGAUGGAAAAGUGCUGGAAAGGUCAAUGUGAAAAGAAAAAUUAGAGCCAGCAAAGUACGGUUCGGGUCGGCCCCAUAUUUAUGUGAAUCAGGCAAAAGAUUGGAUUUAUGUGGGCUACGUUUAGUUUGUUGAAACUCGGCACAUGAAAGGAAACGUUUUCUAUUAUUAGAGGUUGAAGGUGUUACCAGGGAGCAUUCUCUCCCCUCAGUUAAAACAGUCCAGGUACAGACAGGGGUUAUUGUCAUAACUCUCUGGGUGCCUUCUCAGCGCAGCCCAUUAUUUAAAGGUACAAGGUGGGACAAAUGGGAUCAAACAAAUGGGCGGAACAGUUUAUCACAAAACCCCACUGCCUCACCUUUUCCUUUCCUCAAUUACAAUAAUUCCUCCCGGGCCGCCUCAAAUGUCGACCCGGGCAAGGUCACGCAUCUUCAGCGUCUGCGAAUCAUAAACAUUGUCCCUGACCUGAGAUGAAGCCACGGGCUCCCCAGCGCGUCUCAAAUGACACCAUAUUUGCUAUAUAUCCCAUAGGGCUCUGGUCAAAAGUAGUGCACCAUAUAGGGAAUAGUGUGCCAUUUGGGAUGCAGGCUUUGUCUCCUGCAUAGCAGGUUAUGCACGACUGUAUUCAUCAGAGCCAAUCCACCGGUUGGGGUCAAACCAUUCAGCGGCGGCCCUCCAUCUCUUCCUCAAAGGUCACCGCCAGGAAAUUGCAAGGCAUAAUUAAUGGCCGGUGAUAUCACUUUUGGGUGCUGGCCAAUGAAAAAGAGAGGAUCAAACGUUAGCGUCUGCACUUCUUCCUUUUGUGUGGGGGCAGUGGCACUGCUGUCCAAUGUCAACCUUUGUCUUGGAUGAAGUGGAUGUGUGUGUGUGUGUUUUUGUAUGCGGGUGCUUGCAGUAGGCCUAUGUGUGCAAGAUAUCUGUGUCCAUCUCUGUGAGUCUGCAUGUGUAUGCGUGUGUGUACAGUGCAUUUGGAAAGUAUUCAGACUCCUUGACUUUUUUCCACAUUUUGUUACGUUACAACCUUAUUCUAAAAUUGAUUUUUUUUUUUUUACAUCCCUCAUCAAUCUACACACAAUACCCCAUAAUGACAAAGCAAAAACAGGUUUUUAGACAUUUCUGGGGGGGGGGGGAAUUAAAUAUAACAUUUACAUAAGUAUUCGGAUCCUUUACUCAGUACUUUGUUGAAGCACCUUUGGCAGCGAUUACAGCCUCAAGUCUUCUUGGGUAUGACGCUACAAGCGUGGCACACCUGGUCCCGUGUGGCUCAGUUGGUAGAGCAUGGCGCUUGCAACGCCAGGGUUGUGGGUUCGAUUCCCACGGGGGGCCAGAAUGUAGAAAGAAAUUUAUGAAAUGUAUGCACUCACUACUGUAAUUCGCUCUGGAUAAGAGUGUCUGCUAAAUGACUAAAAUGAAUAUGAAAAUGAUAUUUGGGGAGUUUAUCCCAUUCUUCUCUGCAAACCUCUCAAGCUCUGUCAGGUUGGAUGGGGAGCUUUGCUGCACAGCUAUUUUCAGGUCUCUCCAGAGAUGUUCGAUUGGGUUCAAGUCCUGGCUCUGGCUGGGCCACUCAAGGACAUUCAGAGACUUGUCCCGAAGCCACUCCUGCAUUAUCUUGGCUAUGUACUUAGGUUCGUUGUGCUGUUGGAAGGUGAACCUUCGCCUCAGUCUGAGGUCCUGAGCAGGUUUUCAUCUAGGAUCUCUCUGUACAUUGCUCCGUUCAUCUUUCCCUCGAUCCUGACUAGUUUCCCUUUCCCUGCCACUGAAAAACAUCCCCACAGCAUGACGCUGCCACCACCAUGCUUCACCGUAGGGAUGGUGCCAGGUUUCCUCCAGACGUGACGCUUGGCAUUCAGGCCAAAGCGUUCAAUCUUGUUUUCGUCAGACCAGAGAAAAUUGUUUUUUCAUGGUCUGAGAGUCUUUAGGUGCCUUUUGGCAAACUCCAAGCAUGCUGUCAUGUGCCUUUUACUGAGGAGUGGCUUCUGUCUGGCCGCUCCUUAAAGGCCUGAUUGGUGGAGUGCUGCAGAGAUGGUUGUCCUUCUGCAAGGUUCUCCCAUCUCCACAGAGGAACUCUGUAGUGCUGUCAGAGUGACCAUCGGGUUCUUGGUGACCUCCCUGACCAAGGCCCUUCUUCCCCGAUUGCUCAGUUUGGCCAGGCGGCCAGCUCUAGGAAGAGUCUUGGUGGUUCCAAACUUCUUCCAUUUAAGAAUGAUGGAGGCCACUAUGUUUUUGGGGACCUUCAAUGCUGCAGAAAUGUUUUGGUACCCUUCCCCAGAUCUGUGCUUCGACACAAUCCUGUCUCGGAGCUCUACGGACAAUUCCUUGAGAUUGAGAGGGGGUCAAAUACUUAUUUCCCUCAUUAAAAUGCAAAUAAUAAUGCGUUUUUCUGGAUUUUUUUGUUGUUAUUCUGUCUCUCACUGUUCAAAUAAACCUACCAUUAAAAUUAUAGACUGAUCAUUUCUUUGUCAGUGGGCAAACGUACAAAAUCAGCAGGGGAUCAAAUACUUUUUUCCCUCACUGUAUGUAUCUGUUCAUAAUGUGUAUGUCCAUUCAUCCUUAGGCGGUGCUUAUGAGGUGAAGCACCACCAGUUCUUCCACACUCUGGACUGGGACAGUCUGCUGAGACAGAAGGCUGAGUUCAUCCCUCAGCUGGAGUCAGAGGACGACACCAGCUACUUCGACAGUGAGUCUAGUCUACUUCCUGCUCUUAAAAUGUACAGUAAUCUAUACUAUAUAAUACAGCUACUUCGAAGGUGAAAGUUAGGUAGGAUAGUAAUUAAUGUUUUUUCCCCACAGCUCGAUCAGAUAGGUACCAUCACCUGGAGACGGAGGAAGAGGAGGAUACGAAUGAUGAAGACUUCAACGUGGAGCUACAACAGUUCUCCUCCUGCUCUCACAGAUUCUCCAAGGUGUGUUCUUUCUUUCUCUUUUUUUCUUUUUCUCUCUCUGUAUAUUUCUCUCUCUUUCUCUCACUCUAUUUUGCUGUCUCUCUCACUCUCUAGAUAAGUUACAAAGCCUUCACUCAAGGCAUUACUGCUUACACACUUCCAUAUCACUCCUUAUGAUAGAAAGCCAAUUGUGGAUCAAUUAAGAGCUAAUCAGGGCUGCCAGAUUAGCUCUUCAUUGCUCUAUCUGUAUGAAUAUUAUCCAAAUGCAUCAGAAUCUCUCAUGGCUUCACGUUGAAAAUAAAUUACUAUCCAGUCUUCUGAUUUUUUCAGACCAGUUAGUACAUACUAGCAACACGCAUAACCACCAAAACAGACAGGUAAAUUCGCCUAAAAUCUACAGUUUUAUAUAGAGCCAUAGCUGAAUGGAACUCUUUACCAAUCCAUAUUUCUCAGGCAAAAAGUAAAUCCACCUUCAAGAAAUAAAUAAAAGAACAUCUAAUGCGAUAGACCAUAUGACUGAACAGGAAAUAGAAAGCAUCAACUGAAUGUUGAAUGUGUUACCUGUCAGAUACUUUAAUUGUCUGUAUUGUCUACUUGUUAAAUGUUUGUAAAGUCUUAAUUUGUAAUUGUUUGUAAUGUCUUAUUAAUUGGUGUUGGACCCCAGGAAGAUUAGCUAACGUUACGGCGUUAGCUAAUGGGGAUCCUAAUAAAAAAAUCACAAAAUUCACCUUAAACAGAAAACAAAUGUAGUUCAAACCAAUAUCUGGAAUGCUUUCAAUAUAAACUCAACAUGUAAGAUUUCAUAUGGAACAGACUGCUUUGUUUGGUCCAUAAAACAUGCUAUGCGUCUUUCCCUCAACCCCCUACAGCAUGUAAUGUUCUGCUGCAAAUCAUAUCUAUUUUGGGAGAACGUAGAAGACAAUGCAAACACGUGUGCAUUGUUGUGCUGCAUUGCAGUAUGCUCUGCCUCUGAAAACAAUGUGCCUUCGAAGGCGGGAGAAUGGGUUUUUUCUGUGAUCCACCACGACCCUUUUGAGUUUUUGUUACCCACCAGUUUUGUAGUCUAACCAGUGGCUAACCAGUGGCUGCUGCCACUAUUUUGGAAUCACUGCCUGUUUUCUAUAGUAUCAAGGUCUGUCCCAACUUUUACCUAAUCAUACUAUGAAUGGAUAUAUUGAUGAUAGUGAUGUGUUUAGGUGUACAGUAGUCUUGUCCUCUAUGAGGACAGUCUGUAACGUCUCUGUCUGCCUGUCUGUCCCUGCAUGGUGUUCAGGUAUCUAACAGUUUGUCUGUGUCUGUCUCUCUGUCUAUCUGUGUGGUGUGUAGGUGUACAGCAGCUUGGACCUGUCCCGUGGCCAACUGGAGGAGAAGGGUGAGAUGGAGGAGAAGAAGAAUGAGAGCCCUCUGACUGUAGACUCUCUGAGCUGGACCCCAGAGUUCACUGAAAUGUACGUUCCACAACAUCCCUUCUGUUACACUAAAACUCUGGUUAAUGACCAUCUAUUGUUUUCACACACCUUUGGUACACUAUUAAUUCAGUUCCCCCACCAUUACACUUGCAAGGGUCUCAGAAUACCUUAAGACAAAGAUGGCAAUGCAUAACCGUCUUAUAUUAACCCAAUUCGUCAGUACAAUAAUUAUAAUACAGUAAGCUAGUAUGUUUUUAAUGUUCUUUUUCUGAGGGUGGUUGAUAUUUACCCAAUUCCAUUUUCUCCCCCCAGGCACUCCCUGUCCCGAUCCUCGGACACAGAGAGCACUAGCAUGGGCCUUCGCCCCCCCCGCCUUCUCCCCAAGUUCGCUAUCUCGGCCGAGGCAGAGGACGGAGUUGAGGAGUCCAUGGUCCUGGGGGACCCCAGCAAGGUGGCCUUCUCCAUCGGAGAGGACGAGGUUGACGCAACCACCCCCGGGAGCACCCACAGCGGGGCUACUCUCUCUGGUAUGGAGGCCUGGGCCUGGAGCACUGGUUAGAGCUGAUAGAAGAUAUAGGGAUAAUGCUAGAUAUAGGCAUCAUGUUGGGUGUUUAAGACUGUGGUUCAACUGAUAUUCAAGAGCAAAAAAGUAAUGAUAUGGGUAUCACAUGGCACUGUGUUCAAUGUUUUUAAUGUGCUUGACUGUAACAAAAGAAAUAUGGAACAUUUCUGACAUAAUUGUACCUGUUCUUCUUUGGUCAGUAGGUAGUUUCUCGGAGCACCUGGACCUGCUUCCUUCCAGGGGUGAGGGCGUAGACAGCCCUGACUCCUCCUCCAAGACUCCCAUGGACCUGGGAGGGAAGCAUGGCAUCCUGCAGCCCGAUGGACAUGGGGAUAAGCAUGGUGGUGUUGCCAAAGUCCCCAAGUCUGUCUCAGCAAGUGCCCUCUCCCUCAUGAUCCCUGGAGGUGAGAGGAUACACACACACACUACCCCUGUGAUCUCUAGCAUUUCGAUUUAGAGGAGGACAGGAUGAGAAGUAAGAGCUAGAACAGAAUUAGAAUUAGAGCGAUGGAUUUCAAGAGAGACAUUAAAGAUGCCGAGAUGAAAGAUCUGUGUGAAAUUGGCACGGCUCCUGCUGGGAUGAGGCUCCAGUUUAUGAAGUGGCUGUGAGCGCAGUAGCCCAGAAGAGAAGCCUCUAACUGGGGUGGUGAGCUGAGAGAGAGGCCUCUCCACUGCUGGGAGGUGGGUAAAUCCCUUAGGUCUCACAGUGAUUCCUGGCUCCCAGGCUUUAUAGGAACAGCUGGCUACUGAGGGGAGAGCUACUGGAAGACAGGUCAAUAGAAAUGACAGUAGCGGUCUUUGUAUGUGUGUGUCUGUGUUUUCACCUUUAAAUGAACCUAUUUUGGUUUGAAGAAUUAGAGAAUUCACUCUACAAAAUUAGGAUAAAAAUGGAUGGUGUGCUAUUCAAAAACGUAUAUGGCAGCACUUAUUUUGCUUUAACACUAUCUGGCAGAUUCCCAGAUUAGUCCCUUGAUUGUAUCUCAAUGACCACAUUAUUUCCCGUAGUAAAAUGUCCUUCAUUAAUGUGCCUCUCAUAUGGUUACAGAUAUCAUUAGAAAUGUCUUUCUCAUUCUUCCAGAUACCUUAAACGCACGCCUGCUUUGUGAUAUUUACAGCCGUUUUAAAUCAUUUAAAAUACUGAUAUUUAUUUUUCCGUCUUAUUGUUCCAGAUAUCUUCGGGGUGUCCCCUCUGGCCAGCCCCAUAUCCCCCUACUCCCUCUCCUCGGACCCCUCCUCUCGUGACUCUUCCCCCAGCCGAGACUCCUCCCUCUGCGUCAUCUGCCCUCGGCAGCCAAUCAUCAUCCACAGCUCGGGGAAGAAGUUUGGCUUUACGAUGCGGGCUAUCCCGGUGUACGCCUGCGACCGUGAUGUCUACACUGUCUACCACACGGUCUUGGUAAGAACAAACACAGUCAAAUAGCUAAUGAAGUACCGGUAAUAAAGUACAUUUCUGUUGAUGGUCACUUUCAUCUACGUUAUUGAAUAAUACAUCUAGUGGCUGGAUUCAAUUAAACCUGAGAAACAAUGUUUUGUUUUUGUACUGCAAUAAGGUCUCAUUAUUGAGUGAUGAUAGAUACAGUAGCUAACAGUGUGUUUCUGUGUGUUGUUUAGAAUGUGGAGGAACCGGGUCCGGCCCACAAGGCUGGGCUGAAAGCUGGUGACCUCAUCACUCAUGUGAAUGGCGAGCCGGUCCACGGCCUGGUCCACACCGAGGUGGUGGAACUGCUGCUGAAGGUCAGAGAACCAUUGGCUAUAAAUAAAAUGUAUAAAGCUUUCAUCAGAUAUACUGUAACUGCUAGUAACAAUUGUCCACAAAGGGUAAUGACGUAAUCGUAUAAGCAUAAGGUAUAUGUUAAGGGUAUUUCUAGUUUGUAACUUGAUAUUCUCAUGAUGGAGUUCAUAUCUCACUGUUUAUCUACCAGUAAUUUAAUUUACAGUAGUCCAGCCCACUAUUUUUAUUUCCAACCCUGUUUCUAACGUAAUACUCUCACAAUGGAGCUAAUUCAUUUUGGGCCAGUUUAUCUUAUGUAUCUGUGUAUCUGCUUCCUUUCCAGAGUGGAAGUAAGGUGGCAAUCUCCACCACUCCAUUUGAGAACACCUCCAUCAAAACAGGGCCUGCCAGGAGGAACAACUGCAGGAGCAAGAUGAUCCGACGCACCAAGAAGCCCAAGAAGGAGAAGACACAAGAAAGGCAAGAAUUUCAUGUUUGGUUUUGUUGUUUUCUAUAUGAGAAACCAUUUCAUUAUUAAAUAUGAACUAAUUAACUAGAUCUAGGUCUCUGUACAGUGUGCUCUGUAGAGGUCACGAGUAAACUUGUACAGCAAGUGUUCAGGUUUUGUCAUAUACAGAAUAACCACAGGGUGUAGCUGUGGCUCCUUACAACAGUGCUAAAACUCCCUCUGUCACUACUAGACAAUGGUAACUCAUCACUACUGUCAGUCAAGUUUUUCAUUACAAAGAUCUCACUGUGGCUUUCAUUUUUGAUUGACUGAAUGGUUUUAUUGGUUACUCAAGAACAUAUACAUUGUAAUACCACCAUUUAAGAACAAUGAUCAUAGAUGUCACAACAACACUACACAUUAUCUAUUUUCUACCUUGAACAAAAUUUACAUUAUCUAUGGAACAUUCUUUCUUGGCCCUAUAGUGGUGGACUGAUUUGGUGUCUUCUCUCUUCUAUAUUUCUGCUCUUUGCCAGAAUGCAUAUAGUUAUAACACAAUUUUAAGGAUUGUUUUCUUAGAUUAGACUCUCCAGAGUCUAGACCACAAAUAUAAUAUAGUGAGUGUCUGGGCCUCAUACUGGUAGACUGACCUUGCCUUCUCUCCUCUCUCUCUCCAGGCGGCGGUCUGUGUUCAGGCGUUUUGCCAUGCAGCCCUCCCCUCUGCUGCAGACCAGCCGUAGUUUCUCCUCUCUCAACCGCUCCCUGUCCUCUGGGGAGAGUCUCCCAGGGUCCCCUACCCACAGCCUGUCCCCCCGCUCCCCCACCGCAGCCUUCCGACCCACCCCUGACUUCAACCAGUCAGGUGAAAUAGACUGUCAAUCAUUCAUAUUUUAUGGAAUAAAUUAAAUGUACACAAUAAAAUACAUUUUAGAAUUGAUCAGUGUUUAUCAGUAAAACAAUCAAUGUUUCUUAAAUUAAGAUCAAUGUACAAUAUUUACCACUAUAAAAUAUUACUAGUUGAAUAACGUCCUUCCCUCUGUGUUUCCAGGUGGCAACUCCUCUCAGAGUAGCUCCCCGAGCUCCAGCGCUCCAAACUCCCCCGCAGGCUCCGGCCACAUCCGUCCCUGCACCCUCCACGGCCUGGGCCCCAAACUGACUGGCCAGAGGCUCCGACAGGGCCGUCGCAAAUCCGCCGGCAGCAUUCCCCUCUCCCCGCUGGCCCGCACCCCAUCCCCGACCCCCCAGCCCACCUCCCCGCCUGGCUCACCCUCUCCUUUACUCAGCCAUGGGUCCAUGGGGAUCUCCAAGACCACCCAGGCCUUCCCAGUCAAGAUGCACUCACCCCCCACCAUUGUCCGCCACAUGGUACGGCCCAAGAGCGCGGAACCGCCCCGCUCUCCGCUCCUCCAGCGGGUGCAGUCAGAGGAGAAGCUGUCACCCUCCUACACGGGCGACAAGAAGCACCUGUGUUCCAGGAAGCACAGCCUGGAGGUGACCCAGGAAGAGGCCCUGGGAGAGGAGGUGCGGCCUGGAGACAUGGACCACCACACCCUGCAGAGUGUGGAGGAGACGCCCUGCGAGCCUCCGGCCAUCACCCGGGUCCGGCCGGCUGAGCAGGGCUGCCUCAAGAGACCCGCUGGUCGCAAGAUGGGUCGGCAGGAGUCUAUGGAGGAGCUGGACAAGGAGAAACUGAAAGCCAAGGGGGUGAUGAAGAAACAGGACUGGUCAGAGAGGCGAGAAUCCCUGCAGAAGCAGGACGCUCUACAGGAGUCUGAUACAUCUGGUACAGAAGGAGGAAGAAGCCAGGGCAGAAGCCAAGGCUCAGAGACAGUCUCACUGGAAGGCAAAGCUGCCGGCUCCACCCUAAAAGAUGUCCUGUAUAAGAAGCUGAACACGCGCGCCUGUGAGGGCACCCCCGAACCACUAGGGGGCAAUAGCGCUGACUCGCCUCUGUGCUCUGUCCAUCCUGACUGGAGCCCCCAGAAGGCUGAGUGGCAGCUGUCCAGGCAGAGCAAAGAUGGCGGUAAGCCAGACAGGCUUGACUUCAAGGCCCCCAACAUGGAAUUUGCCCGGAAGAGGCAGUCGUUCGAGGAGCGAGAAGAUGGCAUGUGUCGACUCUCUCCCGGCAUUCAUGAGAGCCUCCAUUUUGGCUCCAUCCGGUCCAAGAGUCUCCAGCUGGACUCAGCGCUGGCUCUAGACCACAUCAAAGGUACCAUGGGCAGCGUCCACUCCAGCCCUGAGGGCCUGAACCCAAAGAUGUUCUCUGGGAGGGGGGAGGGAAGUGCUGUGGAGAAACUCCAGCUCAUCUCCUCCAAUGAAGGCUCCCUCAGGAAGACCUCCUCGGAGUACAAGCUGGAGGGGCGUCUGGUCUCCUCACUCAAACCCCUGGAGGGCACCCUGGACAUUGGCCUGCUCUCCGGGCCAAGGGUGUCUAAAACAGACACCUGCCUCUCCAAGAUGGCCGACAGUGAUGGCGGCUCAAUAGGGAUGCCCACGUGGCUGCAAAGCCCAGUUGAGCGGCAGGUGUUGAUUCCCUUGCUCAAACCCUCUGACAAGCAGAAGAGCCCCCCCACCAGUAUACUAAGCGCUGGAGCUGUUGUGGUCCUCAGCAGUCCAGUUCCCGCCAAAGAAGAGGCUAGUAUUUCCAACACUGGGCUUAAAUGCAGUAGCAGAGGUGAGAAGCCACACAACAGACCUAGUCACAGUGAACCCCCAACGGCUCCCUCCAAGGCAGAGGUCUCCGACUUUGGUGGGAAACAAGAGAGCAGGUCCAGUAUGAUAGCUCACGAUCAUAGGACAUCCCGCCACAGCGCCCACUUCUCCCACUGUGGGAAGACGCCCUCCAUACGGGAGGUCAGCAAUGAAGACCAGGAGGAGGAGGUGGAGCCACCUCAAGAGACCUCAGCUCCCGCACAGCAAAUCAACAUGGACAUCUCCAAGACAUCCAAUACAGUUAUCGCCGCAAAGCUAGGGAGUCCCAAAAAGACUACAGCAUCUGUCCCUGCCUCAAAGGUGGAGGUUCAAACAACUGCCUCUAAUGUAGCUGUACCAGUGAGGCAAAGUUCAGAUUGUCAGACAGGGCCUAGUUACCUGCAGAGCAUUGAGAAACAAGGACCAGCUGAGAAUACAGGUAGUAUCACUACAUUUGUACAAUAUAUUUUAGAGCAGACUCCAUACCUGUCAAAGCAGCAGAUGGUAUACAGCAGUCCCUCGACAGAGACCACAACACAAACGUCCAUCCCUGCGCCAAUCUCUAGUCUUGGAGGUAUGAACCUAACCAGUGGUCAAGCGUCUCAAAGACGGCACAGCACGGAGAAAACCCAAAAUCCGGACAAGGUUCAAAGCAACAGGCCAGUUCCAAACAAUGCCAAUGAACCUGCCAGUGUGUCUGCUGUUGAGGAGCUCAAAACUGCAAAUGCAGGAAGAGAUAAAAUGACCGAAGUCAGAGAGACAAGUCCUAAAGUGGAUGUAAAAUGUGGCUUGUCUAAAUACAUUUUGGACAAUGCAACUGCUAAAACAGAAGCAACACAGACGUGUGAUCAAAGAAAAUAUGCUUGUACCAUUAGCAGUCUUGUAGCGAUUAGUAGUGUAGCAAAGCAAAGUAGAGAAGAUCCCACUUCACCAAAGAUGAAGGGUAGCAAUGCAAAGACUGGAGAGCGAGAGCAGUCAUCUUUAACAAAUCGAUCUGCUGAGAAGGCUUGGGUCAAAGGGGCUCUUGAGGCAGAAAUACCAGUCUCUAAAAAGCAAACUGUUGAUGUAAAUAUCAAAGAGACAAGUCCUGUGCGGACAGUGAAACAGUCACCACCAAGUCCCGCUUCAACAAAACAAAUGAUUUUCAAUCCCAAAACUAAGCCAAGAUCUGACUCACCACUUGCUUCACAAACUGUUGGGAAGACAGAGGAGGAGAGGGGGAGGUAUGAAGCGAAAACUCCUGCCACAGCCCCAGUCGUCAAAGUAAGCCUGGAUUCAAAACUGCGAGAGUCAUCUCAGAAAACCCCAGUCUCAAUGGUCAAAGAAAUCCCAGACUCAAAGCAGAAAGAACCCCUACACAAAACCUCAGUCCAAAGCCAUGUCAAAGAAAGUUCAGACUCCAAACUAAAGGAAUCUUUGUCACAAACUCCUGCCCCAACUCCAGUUGUCAGACAAACCUCUGCUGACCCAAAAAAGAAACAGAAAGAACCAGAACCCCACACCUUUGCCCCAACCCCAGCCCAAUUCAUCAAAGAUAACCUGGACUCAAAACAGAAAUCACCCCCUCAGAAAACCUCUAUCUCAACCUCAAUCAACUCAAAACAAAAGGAAAUCACUACUUCAACAGUUGUCAGACAAAUCAUAGACUCAAAACAGAAAUCACCCCCUCACAAAACCCUUGCCCCAACCGCAACCCCUGUCAUGAAAGAGCCAGCACCUGUCUUUGCUGCAACCCGACAAAGCCAGAAAGAGCCUCCGACCUGGGCCAGUGCUCCCUCCCAGUCCACCCCUGUACCAGUGCUGCUAGCCCCAGCAGUGAGAAGAGAAGCACACCUACCCAACGGUGGAGCUCUCUCAAGCAGGGCCAGCGGCAGUACUGGACAGGAGGCUGUGGUCCAGACCUCCAGGGAGGACCAGGGGAAGCCGAGGGUAGAGGCCCCCAGGUCAGAAGGCCUUAGGUUGGACUCUCAUAGGGGCCUGGGUGGGGUGGAUGCCACAGGGCCAGCAGCCACCACCCCCAGCAACAGCACCCCCCAGGCCAAACACAGCACAGCUGAACCCAGGGUCACUAACUCUGACAAACAGGUAGCCACCAGCCGAAAAGAACAGGCUGACAAGAAGAAAGGGGAAUCUGCUCAAGAGGUAGCGUCUGCACAGAAAAACACCAAGAGAGAGACUUCAAGAGUGGCUGCUGCAGGAAAAGAUGGCACAGGUUCAGACAAAGACUCGGCUCGACACAAGCAAACCAAGGAGUUGCCACGUGGCCCCGCAAACAGAAAG